UUCGAACUAAAACUUGUUGAUCAAGUUAAACUUGUAAAAUAAUAAAUCAUAUAUUAUACUUUUUCUUCGUCGAACGAAGGUAUAACAUUAUACUACAACCCUUGUAAUUAAUUUGAUUUUAUAAAAUGGGUAAACCAAUCAUUAGAAAGAAUUCUUCAAUUAAUAACAAUGUCACUUUAUUUGAACUUUAUAAAAUACAAAAGAAAAAGUCUUCAUUAUCAAAUAAAUUAUCGAUUAUAAGUUCCAAAUGUUGGAUAACAAAUUCAUCACUUAUUAAUAAUCUUUCACCUACAACUUUAUCUUUUGAAGAUUCUUCAUAUAUCGUAGAUACUGAUCCUUCAGAUGAUUUUUUUAUUAACGAAUUAGAACAACAAAAUUUUGAUAAUACUAUUAAAAAUAAUAAAUCAACUUAUCAAAAAGGUUUAAAGGAUUUGAAUUUGGCUUUUAAAUAUGAUAAAGAAGAAAGAUAUGAUGAAGCAUAUCCAAUUUUUAAACAACAUGCUGACGUAGGAAAUGCUGAAGCUCAACUUAAAGUUGGAAUUUAUCUUCGAAAUCGUUAUGUUAAUUCUAUUGAUACAUUACAUAGUGUUAAAUAUCUUAAAAAAGCUGCUUUACAAAAUCUUCCCGAAGCUCAAUAUUUAUAUGGUACUGCAAUUAUAAAUAGAUUAGCUUUUGGUGAAAAAAUUGAAAAAGGUUUAAAUUAUUUAAAAAUGGCUGCCUUACAAAAUCAUAUUUUAGCAAUGGAAGAUUUCGGUAAAUAUUUAAAAGAAGGAAAAAUUAUUAAAAAAGAUAUCUCACAAGGUGAAGAAUUUAUUAAAAAGGCAUCACAAUUAAAAAAGUUGAAAUUAUAAAAAAAAUUAUAAUUUUAUAUUGUAAAUUUUAUCUUGCAUACACUUAAUAACAUAUAAUAAAUAUUUUAU